AUGGCAGAAGCUUUUAUUCCAGUAGAUCAGUUUUCAGUGGACCAGUUCAUCUGUCCAGUCUGUCUGGAUCUCCUGAAGGAUCCAGUAGCUACUCCCUGUGGACACAGUUUCUGUAAGGUGUGUAUUAAUGGCCACUGGGAUCAGCAAGAUGAUGGUGGGAUUUUCAGCUGCCCCCAGUGUAGGACGUUUUUCACUUCAAGACCUGCUCUGUGCAGAAACACCACUGGUCUGAAAAAAUACACAUUUGUGGAGGCCUGUGGAGACCUACAGGAGAAGAUCUGCUCUCAGCAUGAUGAACCAAUUGAGAGCUACUGUCGUACUGACCGAAGCUUCAUCUGUAGUUUGUGCAAGAUGGAUCAACAUAAAUAUCACAAUACAGUUCCAGUUCAAACAGGAAGAAGUGAAAAGCAGAAUAAAGUAAAGCAGGAGCAGAGGAAAUCACAGCAGAGAAUCCAGGAGAAGCAGAAGAAGCUGCAGCAGCUCCAACACACUGUCCGCAUUAUUAAGGGUCGUGCUGAUGCAGCAGUGCAGAACAAUGAGAAGAUCUUUACUGAGCUGAUCAACUUCAUGGUGAAGAAGCGUUCGGAGAUGACGAGUCUGAUCCGAGAUCAGGAGAAAGCUGAACUGGGUCUAGCUGAACAACUUAUUCAGCAACUGGAGCAGGAAAUAACUGCACUUAUGAGGAGAGUCGAUGAGCUGGAGGAGCUUUCUCAAUCACAUGAUCACAUCCAUUUCCUCCAGAGUUUUUCGUCUCUAUGUGUCUCUUCUGGAUGUGAGGACUCAUCCAGCAUCACCGUCAAUCAACAUCUCUCAUUUGAUGAAGUGAACAAAUCUCUCUCAGAUCUGAAGAAGCAAAUCGUGGAAUUCUGUGAGGAAAAACUCAACAAAACCCGAUUACAUGCUGCAACAGAACCACCAAAGAGCAGAGAAGAUCAUCUGCAAUAUUUCUGUGAGCUCAGUCUGGAUCCCAGUACAGCAAAUCGUCUCCUCGUCCUGUCUGAGAGGAACAAAAAGGUGACAAUCAGUAAUACAGAUCAGCGAUACUCUGAGGGGAGUUUUGCUGGCAGGUGUCAGGUCCUGUGUAAGGAGGAAGUAAAAGGACGCUGUUACUGGGAGAUGGAGUGGAGCGGUGGUGUGGAAAUAUUAGUCUCGUAUAAAGAGAUCAGCAGGAAAGGGCCGGGUAAUAAAUGUGUGUUUGGACACAACAGUCAGUCCUGGAGUCUGUAUUGCUCUUCGUUUUCUUCCUUUACUUAUUGUUUCUGUCACAACAACAUUGAGACUAAACUUAAAGGUCCACCAGCCUCCAGAAUAGGAGUGUAUGUGGAUCAGAGUGCAGGAACUCUGUCCUUCUACAGCAUCUCUGAUACAAUGAGGCUCCUCCACACAGUCCAGACCACCUUCACUCAGCCCCUCUACGCUGGGAUUGGGUUUGGGGUGGUGGCGUUUUAUUGUGGAUCAUCUGUGAGGUUCUGUGAUCCAAAAUUGAAUUAGGGUUGGGCGGUAUGACGAUAUACCGCGGUAUUUAAAAAUGGUGACGGUAUUUAAAAAUGGUGACGGUAUUUUUUAAAUGUGAAGCGCCAAAUUUCUGCUUCAGGUUUACCUUGAAAACUGAGACUUUAGGACAUGCGCGCAUCCACAGUGAGGGAGGGGUGGGAGGGGUAGGCGGUUGUAGCUCGCUGAUUGGCUGUGGGGUGCUCCUUGGUGAUAACACAGAGAGACGAGUAAAAAGCCACACUGGCUAGCGUUAGCUGUGAGCUAACAAGCAGAAACUGAAUAACGGCUCGUCUUUUAAUUUUUAAAAAUCAAAAUUUUUUAUCAGUUCAAGCGGAAAUGAACACAAGCGCGUGCAUGCGCGGACAUGUACUUAUUUACUAAAUAUGUCUUCAGUGUUAAUCGAGCACAAGGGUGGAGAAAAAGGAGCAAACAGUAAUAAUAACGUUACGCCCAAUCCGCUGUUCUGACUCUUGUGUCUGCCAUAGAUUUUCCUGCCUAUGUAAGAACUAUUUUUUCCUAAAUAAAAGCGCUAUAUUAAGAAAAAAGAAUGU